UUAUUUUUAAACAGGCACCUUUCUUUUUAUUUAUUUAUGCAUUAUAUUUUAAUCGUACAUGAUAAACGUUUACAUUUCGAAUACACGUCCUUACAAAAACUUUCUAGAGAAGAAAAAUACAAAAGUUAGUUCGAUGACGAAAUCUGUUCAAAAACUCGGUCCGUUUACUUUAAGGUUUGAUUCGAUUUGGCUUUUCUUAGAUUUGUUGUUCGUAUAAUAUUGCAAUGGCUUUACUUGAUCCGACGAGAAAUAGUUCGAUAAAACCGACUCUAAUCCCCGAGCCGAAUCUGAAGAAUAUCAUCGAGAAGGAAUCGCUGAAGUGGAUUUUCGUGGGUGGAAAAGGAGGAGUCGGGAAAACGACGUGCAGUUGCAGUCUAGCUUUACAGCUGGCCAAUUGCCGUAAAAACGUGUUGCUCAUCUCUACGGAUCCUGCUCACAACCUCUCGGACGCUUUCGACCAAAAAUUCACAUGGACACCGACGAAAGUCAACGGCACGGAAAAUCUGUUCGCGAUGGAAAUAGAUCCAAACGCGUCCUUCUCGGCUUCGGGGACGUUGGGAAACGCCGAGUUGGACUCGUUUUUUCGUGACGUCGUCAGUGCUUUGCCUGGGGUCGACGAAGCCAUGGGAUACAUGAACGUCGUCCAGCUCGUGAACGAUAUGGACUUUUCCAUAGUUGUCUUUGACACCGCCCCGACAGGGCACACCAUCCGGUUGUUGAGCUUCCCGAAUCUGUUCGAGAAGUUUUUCGAAAAAGCUUCCAGCCUGAAGCGCCGUUUGGGAGGUCUCUUCGAUCAGUUCACCUUGUUUUGUGGCCUUUCUUCGAGCGACGCCGCACCGGCUCUCUCAAAUCAAAAGUUCGAUCAGAUCCUCGAAGGCAUGAGGCUCGCCAACGAACAGUUUAAAGAUCCCGACCAUACGACGUUCAUUUGCGUCUGCAUCGCAGAAUUCCUUUCAGUGUACGAAACCGAAAGGUUGAUCCAAGAGCUCGUCAAACUUCGAAUUCAUACGGACAAUAUCGUGGUGAAUCAGCUGAUGGCCAAAGGAAAAAAUCAAUCUUCUUCUGAAAUCAAAUGCAAUUUUUGCGAAGGAAGGAAAAACGUUCAGGAGAAAUAUCUGGGGCAGAUAAUGGACCUCUACGAAGAUUUUCACAUAACGCGACUACCGUUGUUGGACAAGGAAAUCCGUGGGACGACCGAGUUGAAGGACUUUUCAAAUUAUUUGUUAAAACCCAUCCAAUUUUCUAAAUAAAAAUUAAUUUACAUGAAGUAAAA